AUGGCCCAAGGUACUGCUCGCUUGCAACAGCAGCCUGGUCGCCGAUUCAUCAAAAGCGGUCCAAUUGAAACACUCAAAGCGUACGAGAAGUACGCCAACGGAAACAUUCCACCGGAGAUUGUUGCAGCCGCCGCAAAUGCCCGCGCCCAUCAGAAGGGCGGCCUGCAGGACGGCGCGACCGGCAGUAUCCCGAAUUGGCCCGCUGACGCCUACUCUACCGAGUACAGCAUACCUGUACAGAUUGGCAGUCAGAACUUCAAUAUGUUGUGGGACACUGGCAGUCCUACGGUGUGGGUGUACUCCGUUUUCGAGCCCGCAGGUGAAACCUUCUGGCAAAAUCGAUACAAACCCGGCCCAUCCGCAGAGCUGCUAUCCGGCGAGAAAUUCGUCAUCAAGUAUGGAGACGGCAGUUACGGUGUCGAGGGUGACGUGUACACCGACGCAGUCAAGUUGGGCGGUCUGACCGUUCCAAAGCAGGCUCUUGGGGCCGUCACACAUGCCUCGGAUGAUGUUACAUCGGCGCCCUUCGAGGGCAUCAUCGGGGCGUCGUUUGGCGCAUGCGACGACAUCCGUCCGAAUAAACAGAAAACCUGGGUUGACAACAUCAUACCUACUCUUUCUGAGCCGCUAUUCACUGUCGACUUGAAGAGAGGCCAACAAGGAUUUUUCGACCUGGGACAUAUCGACCCGACUAAGCACACCGGUUCUAUCAAUUACGUGCCUGUUCCCGACACCAGAUGUCUCUGGACGCUCACCGUUGGUGGCUCUUCCGCCGGAUCUGAGCCGGUCAGUGGUAGCAUCGGCAAGGCUGUUGUCGAUACUGGUACGAGCUUGAACUUCAUCCCCGAUGCCGCUCUCAAGUCCUACUACUCUCAUAUCCCCUCUGCGGUAUACAGCGAUGAUUAUGCCGGAUGGGUCUUCGACUGUAGUGCUACUCUUCCGGACUGGAAUGUGCAAAUUGGCAGCGAGACCUACACGGUGCCAGGACGGUACAUCAACUAUGCGCCGAUCGCCGACAAGGACGGCAACCUUGACGGGACGUGCUAUGGGGGCCUCCAAACCGGCCCUUUCAAUGACAGUGUCCUGGGAAUCAUUUUCCAUAACGCCGUCUUUAUUGUGCAUGAUUUCAACAACGGAUCUCCGCGGCUCGGCUUCGCUCCAAAAGCACUGUACUCUUGA